CUCGUGCUGUGGACUCUCCUACACUCUGCUGUACGGAUAGGAUAAAGAACUCGCUCACUGUUUGGCUUCUCAGUCUCUAAUUCUAACUAGUUAUGGCGGGAAGAACCGCAUUGCCGGAGCAAUGGACCCUCUACGAAGCGUACAACGAGCUUCACGGCUUAGCUCAAGAGCUAAACACUCCAUUUGACGCUCCGGCGGUACUAGUGGUGGGCCACCAGACGGACGGCAAGAGUGCGUUAGUGGAAGCUCUUAUGGGCUUCCAAUUCAACCACGUCGGCGGCGGCACCAAGACUCGACGCCCUAUAACUCUCCAUAUGAAGUAUGAUCCUCAAUGUGAGGUCCCUGUUUGUCAUCUUGUCUCCGACGAUGAUCCUACCCUUGCUCAAGAGAAGUCUCUUCACGAAAUUCAGGCAUAUAUUGAGUCUGAAAAUAUGAGAUUGGAGCGUGAGACAUGUCAAUUUUCAGCUAAGGAGAUAAUUAUAAGAGUGGAGUACAAAUUCUGCCCUAAUCUUACUAUUAUUGAUACUCCUGGACUCAUUGCUCCUGCACCAGGUCGAAAAAAUCAAGCAUUACAGAGUCAAGCUCGUGCUGUGGAGUCUCUUGUACGAGCGAAAAUGCAGCAUAAGGAGUUCAUUAUAUUAUGUCUUGAAGAUUGCAGUGAUUGGAGUAAUGCAACCACUCGAAGAGUGGUAAUGCAAAUUGAUCCUGAACUUUCGAGGACUGUUAUUGUAUCAACCAAGCUUGACACUAAAAUACCCCAGUUUGCUCGGUCAUCAGAUGUUGAAGUUUUUCUUUCACCACCUAGUAAUACACUGGAUGGUUGCAUACUGGGUGAUUCUCCCUUCUUCACAUCUGUGCCUUCUGGAAGAGUUGGUUUGAGUCAUGAUUCAGUUUACAAGUCAAAUGAUGAGUUUAAGCAGGCCGUAAACUUAAGAGAGGUGGAAGAUGUUGCCUCUUUGGAGGAAAAACUAGGCCGUCCAUUAUCAAAGCAAGAAAGAAGUAGAAUAGGUGUUAGCAAACUAAGGUCAUUCUUGGAGGAAUUGCUACAGAAAAGGUACAUGGACAGUGUUCCUUUGAUUAUUCCACUUCUAGAAAAGGAGUCCCGCCUUGCAACAAGAAAGCUGAAUGAAAUAAUUAAAGAACUCAGCAAUUUGGAUGAAGUAAAAUUGAAGGAGAAAGGGAGAGAAUUUCAUGACCUAUUCUUAACCAAGUUGUCAUUGCUGUUGAAAGGAACAGUUGUUGCCCCUCCAGAUAAAUUUGGUGAAACGCUACAGGAUGAGAGAACUAAUGGAGGGGCAUUUGUUGGUACAGAUGGUCUUCAGUUUCCACAAAAGCUAAUUCCUAAUGCAGGGAUGCGUCUUUAUGGGGGAGCACAGUAUCAUCGAGCCAUGGCAGAAUUUCGAUUUCUUGUAGGUGGUACCAAAUGCCCUCAAAUUACUCGUGAAGAAAUUGUGAAUGCAUGUGGCGUUGAAGAUAUUCAUGAUGGAACUAACUACUCUCGGACGGCAUGUGUAAUAGCUGUUGCAAAGGCUCGUGAUACAUUUGAACCUUUUCUUCAUCAGUUGGGUCAUAGACUCUUGUAUAUUCUGAAGAGAUUGCUUCCCAUCUCUGUCUAUCUUCUUCAGAAAGAUGGUGAGUAUCUAAGUGGCCAUGAAGUAUUCCUUAGGCGAGUUGCUUCUGCUUUCAACAAUUUUGCAGAAUCUACUGAAAGAGCAUGCCAUGAAAAAUGCAUGGAGGAUUUAGUGAGCACCACACGUUAUGUAACAUGGUCUCUCCACAAUAAGAAUCGGGCUGGUUUACGCCAUUUCUUGGACUCCUUUGGAGGAACAGAGCAGUCUUCCACCGGAGGCAACUCUGCACCAGCUGGUCUCUCCCAAGAGUCAUCUCUGGGCUCAAUUGCCAACGAGAAGCAUGAGAGCAAACCAAAGGCAGAAGUCAAGCUCUCCCAUGUGGCCUCAGGCAUUGACUCAGGCUCUUCUAUUCAGGCAACAGAAACAAGACUUGCUGAUCUUCUAGACAACACUCUUUGGAAUCGGAGACUUGCUCCUUCAUCUGAAAGGAUUGUUUAUGCUCUGGUACAACAGAUAUUCCAUGGAAUUAGAGAGUAUUUCUUGGCCUCUGCUGAAUUGAAGUUCAACUGUUUUCUUUUGAUGCCGGUUAUAGACAAGUUGCCUGCACUUCUCCGGCAGGACCUAGAAUCUGCUUUUGAGGAUGAUUUGGAUAAUGUUUUUGACAUUACCAAUCUACGACAUUCACUAGGUCAACAGAAACGUGAAAUAGAAAUUGAACUGAAAAGGAUUAAGAGGCUCAAAGACAAGUUUAGGUUGAUUCAUGAACAGCUUAACCUGUAUCAAGUCAAGGCUAUUCCUGCAACUGCCAAGGAAUGAAAUUCGGCAGAUAUGUGAACUAAUGCUAUGAUCGGACUUUACUUUAGUACAUUGGGCACAAUUUUGCAGAAUUUACUUUCAAUUAAUUAUAUGUUGAUUUAGUUAGAAGCUUUGUCAGUAACUAGCAUAACGGGCAUGAAGCAGUUGGACACGUUGGAACUUGGAAUUUGGAAUUGCAAAUAUAAUUUAGCAGUGAGUGCAAAUAAAA